AUGGUAAAUCGAGUUUAUAAAGUUUUACGAGAACUUCUCAUCGAUUUGGUGGAUUACUUUUUGCUGAAAAGCCUGAAAUUUGGGGAGGCGAUUCCAAAGAUAUCUUGGCAAGUUAUUGGAGGAAAUAUUGAUUACCACAGAUAUCCUAUCUGUACCUGAUAGAAUUAUAAGACCGGUAUAAGAGGGUGAUGUUCUGAUUGAUCUCCAUAAUGUGGCUGUCCUUUGUCUCUUUAAAAAAGAAGUAGAUUUCAAAAUCUGAAUUUCAAUCUGCUCUUCGGAGCGAGAUGGGGUGCGGAAACUCUACUCCAACGAACAGUAAGUGUAAUUCCUUGGCAACUCUGGACAGUAACUCUAGACCAGGAAGCAAAACUAUACCAAGGAAUAAAAGCCUCGAGAGUGUGCUGAGAGACAAUGAAGAACACAGAGCGGACAGUCGUACCUCCUGCAGAGAUAGUGGCAUUGACAGUGCAAAGACUUCAGAUGGUCGUAGGAGACAGGCUGCUAAUCUUGAAUCAAGCUCACAAUUGAACAAUAAUGAGGCAAAGUCAUCUAUUGAAUCACGUGUCUCACCCACAAAGGCUAUGGCCUUCGAAGUGAUGGUUGACAAUACUAAAAAUCAAGGAGAUAGUAUUAUUGCAAGACACCCACCCAGGAGAUUACAGAAACUGGAAAUCAAAAGGGAACCAACUCUUACUGCAGAAAUGAUUCAGGAGAAACUGAUGGAGAGUGAAGAAAGAAGAAGACAGGUCCUUGAAGAAAGAGGUAAGAGUUCAAAGACAUCAUCAAAAAGACGGAAACAGCUGAUACUUGCAAGGGAGUUUGGCAAACUCCAAGAGAGUGCAGAAGUUAGGACGAAGCUUGAAGAAAAGAUAGAUUCUGCCAGCAAGAUCCGUUCCAAGGCUCAGUCUGAUGUCAUUGCCAAACAGAAAAAGAGAGAACUGAGAGCCAAGCAAGCAAAGGAGAGAGCUAGAAGGAUGAGGGAGGAGGAGAAUGAAGAGAAUCACUUUGAUGUAGAGAAGGAUGAAACUUUCAAUGCAGAAGACGAUGUGGACUCCUGGUUGGAUGGGGAUAACAAUGCUGCCCUUGGAUCUGCAUCUACAACAUCAGAGAGGAUCUAUAACGGAAGGAGUAGUCCCACUAAGAAGAUACAUACGGAUGGACCAAGGGUUGACAAGAGCCUUGACUAUGGUUCAGACUCUGAUGAGAAUCAAGGAUGGACUAGCAAAGCAUAUGGCGCAGGUCAGGCUGCAGGGAAAGAUGACUUCUUUGACACAUAGUCUUUGACUGUAUGCUGACAGCAUUGAAUAGACAAGAGGCUAGAAGUAUAUUCACUAGUUUUCAGAUACCAAUUUCUGUUACUCAACUUGCAUUAUGAUUAAGCCAAGCUGUUCAGAGACUUGGCCAUCUGUUUUUACCUUGGAUGAAAUGAGGAAUAUCAAAGACAAGGUUUUUUGCCAUUGCACAAGAAUGACUUGUCGCAGAGGAACGCUACAUGAUAUUCAGGUUGAAUAGUUAAAUACAACCUUGGGACAUCUUUGAUGGUGCGAAGCUGCAACAUUUUCUCUGGAAUGGGAUUAUAUAGCUUACUCUACUUUGAUUUUUGCCUUUAAUAUCAGAGGUUUGAAAUAGAUGGUGGUUCUUCAUUUAUAUAUUUUACUCUUUAUAUGGACCAUGACAUUUAUACUGUAUGCAACUUGUGAAGAUCACAUUGCAGUGUCUGCAGUGACUACAUAUACUAUACCUGUAUUCGGCUAAUAUUCAAUAUCAUUUAUAAAGUACAAACUGUGUAUGAUAAUAUUGUAUACUCUUCUCAGCUUCAGGUUGAAUUUGCUUAAAUCCAAUGAUGCAAUUGUUAAAAGAAAUGAAUCAUUUGAGAUUAGAUAUGUUUUAAUUUAAAAGGACCAACUAAACAAAGUAUAUUAAUGAAAUUUCACAUUAUCAUCCCAACAUUUAUUGACGUUGGGCCUACAUCAUCCAAUCAUACAUCACUUCAGGUUAUCAAAUUGAUAUGUAUCAUUCUUUUUGAGGGGAUUGAGGUUGAUAGUAAAUUGUAGUCCAUGGUUCAAGUGCUCUUCUCUGCUCUGUGAGAUGAAUUUUAGAUUUUUUACAUUGUUUCAUGACAUCAAAAUCAUUCCAAAUUAUAUUUAGAUGGAAUCAAAUUUAUAUUUUCCAUCAGAUUGUAGGUCACAUCUUUUGUAAUUCAAUUCAUGUCACAACAGCAGGAGCAAAAUACUAUAUUUUGCGACUCUCCACACAUGGGUAUACAGGUUGAAAGCUUCAUAUAAAACGAGCUAGGGCAAUUACUCUCGUGCUUCUCAAAAUGGUCCAUAUAGGAGUCACAAAAUACAUCAGGUAUUUAUCAUUAAAAAUGUGUAUGUGUGUAUUAUUACAUUUCAUGUGUGUAUGCCUAAUGCAGCUUUCCUAGUGCCUACCUAUAUUAUGCUGUUUACCAUUGAAUGUGAAUCCGUCCAUUAUAUAUGGUGCUACAUGUAUAUUAGAAUGACAUACCAUCCAAAUGUAUUGCAGUGAAUCCUUACCACUGCUAUAUAUUCUUAGUAUAACAAGUAAUAAUUUGUGUCUCCAUGUAAAAAAUUACUUGGAUAUUCAUAGGAAGAAUCUUGUAUUUGGUUUGAAAAGUUUGUUAGAAUGCAAAGAGAUAAUGUUGUGGUAGUGUUUCAUUAAUAGUUUUGUCAGUAAUUUUAAUCAACAUAGGUUAUAAGCUACCUAGAAUCAUUGUCUGGGAGCAAACUAGUGAAUGAAAAAUCAGAGAGAAAACUCACUGAAGACUUGAUGAUAUGCUCCCCAGGAAUAUUCUGUUAAUGUACAUCAAAAACAUGAUUAUAUCAGUCUUUUUGUUACAAUCUUUCUCACUGUGUUUAAAGAUUACAGAUGUGUGAAAUGUAGUUUGACAGAGGCUUUGUUUAGAAAUAUGUAAAGUAUAUCAUUGCUGACUUAGGAUGACUAAACCUACAUGUAUCUAAUACCUCAGUCACAUUUCCCUUACGGUGGCCGUACGGCGAGUCGAAAACAGCCGUUUAAUUCAUUUUUAUUCAAACCACCUAUUUGAAGCUGAUACAAAAAAUGUUAAAAUGGCUGUUUUUUACUUGGCGUAUGGCUGCCGUAGGGGAAAUGUGACUGAGGUACAAGUAAAGUGAAAACACAUGGAAUUAUGGUAGUACAUGUAGGAUGAUGACUGUCAUGAAUGAAAUUGCCUUUCAUUUAAUAUAGUAAAUGGUUUAAGAUUUUUUGGAGAUAGUAAGCUUAGGUUUGAACAGGGAAUCACUUGAAAGAUUGAUUGAGUGACCCCCCCCCCAAAAAAAAAAAAAGAGAGAUACAAAGCCAUUUUAACACUCCAGAUUUAUUUUUCUGUAUUGUCUUCUUUUUAAUAUAAAUGUUUUAUUUGACUGAAUUGAUAAUUAUAAUUCAGUGUUUUAUAGUAUAAAUUAUUUUUAUUUUCUCUGAUCACAUGCAAAAAAAAAAAAUUAAGUAUGGUAAGCUAUUAUGGAUAACUUAAUUAUCAAAGAGGAUAAAUGAACACCUACAUAUACAUUUAUUAAUUUUCAACUCAUAAAUUCAUGAUUCAAGCAUGAUUGAGAAAGGUAUAUGUAUGCCCAAAUGUUAUAUCUAUGGAGGGAGUGGGGUAAUAUUUUGAAGAAGAUUUUGAAAGUAAGUAAUAAAAUUACACUUAACUAUUAUUGAAUGUUAUUUAAAUAGAAUUUAUUUUAUGAAUAAUGAACCUUCGAAAUGUGAAUGCAAAUGCACGUUUAGUAGCAUGAUAUAUUCUCAUGUAUUUCUUCCCAUUCAGAGAACUAAUAUUCAAUUUCGUUUUUUUUUUUGGAAGUUGUGUAUACUCUCCUGCCUGCAUAGUUUUUUCUCAGAUAUCCAUCUCCCUUUUUACAAAACUAUGCAUUCACUUUUUUUUUUGUUAUCUUAGAAAUAUAAUGAGAUUCAAGGCAAGAAGUCAUAUCAUUUACUAAUUCACUAUUCAUCUACACAGUAGUGCAUAUCUAAAGCUCAUCUUCAUGAUUGCACCUGGCUAAGGAAAUGAUUUCUUUGUUGAUGUGUGAUAUCAGAGGAGUGUAUCUGCAAUAAGCCUCGUACAAAGAUCUAUGCAAACAGCUGUAAGGGUGUCAAGGGAAUGUAACCUGUAAUUGCUUAUUAAUAUUGCAUACUACAGUGCUAUUUGUUUUCCUGUAAGCAUUUCUUUCAUUUCUAUAUACCAGGGAUCAGAGGUGGAAUGGGGGGGGGGGGGGGGUUGGGGGUUGCAGGUGAGAUCCCCGCCCCCCUCAUAGGGAAAAUGUGAACAGUUUGUGUAUUCAAUAUGUAUUCAAAGCAACCAGUUUAAAAAUUGAAAUCAUCCAUCUUUCAAAUCUUUAUUGUAUAAUCUUAGCCUCUCUAUUUGGUGGAGGUAAGAAGGUGUGCCUAUGUUUAUAUCAGUUCUAUGCCAUUUCAUUGUGUUAUUUGACUGACAAUAUUUUUUUUCUCCAAAAUACAGUUAGGUUUACUUGAGUCAACCUGUAGGUCAAUUAAUCAGUUAAGCAUAAUUUUUUUUUUCUAACCUGAAUACUAAAUUUUGACUAGAUCAUAAAUAUUUAUGUAGCCUCACAAAGAUUCACAAUGUAAUAAAAAAAUCACUUUAUAGCACCAUUGACAAAAGCAACAUGUAUUUGCUCACUCUAAGUAGUAGGGAGAAUGUAUGCUUUUGUGGUGUCAUCGGAUAUAUAUCUUUCUACAUCUGCAUUUAAGGCAAUUUUUUUUGGUCUUCAAUGUUCAAAGUGCGCAUUAACGCCCUCUACCUUCGACUUAACAUCUAAAUGUGUAUUAUAACGGAAUAAACCCAUUCAUAGACUUCGCCCUUACGUAGGAUGUACGCAUAUUACACAUUUUUUUUCCUAAUAAUAAUAUUACUGCAAAUGAUGGUUCAACCUUUCUUGGUAUGCAUUGAAAUAUAGAGUGUUUUGUUUAGGACAGAGAAGGGAGUUUGAAAUCCUAUUCUUCCACUCCACCCAAAAAUAUUUUUAUUACCUAGCUGUUGAUUUAUUUUAUUCUAUUUUGUGUAUUUGUUCAUACAUUUAUUUUUUUGUCAAUUCAUUUAUUUACGUGUAUUAAUGUUUUCAUUCAUUUACUCAUGCCUCUUUGGGAAUACCCAUGGGGAAUAUUAAUGCAGAGUUUUAUAUAUAUAUUUAUUCUAAUGUGUCUAUAAUCCCAUGUGGGUAAAACAGUUCUCGAUUAACAUGUUUGAUGUAUGUUAUAUGUUGUUCCAUUCACUUCAGUUCAUUGUACUUUAUCAUAAUCUUCUUUCAUGUUUGGGUUACAUCCAGGAGAAAAAACCCAUCAAUAUGUCCAUGAAAAUAGAAUAAAAAAUGAAUAAAUGAUGAAUUCAUGUACAGGUGCAUAUAUUAAAAUGUUUCAAUCACUGCCAUUAUAUAUGUAUAAAAAUGCACUUUGUAAGCAUGAUCUGCCUAGUCACACAGUCAUAUUACCUAAAUGCCGUAUGAUAUCAUCAUAUAUUCCUAGCAAUUUGAAAUUCCUUCCACUUUCUAGCCUUGAUAUUUAUUUUGUGUAACAUGUUUUAAAUGAGACUUUAAAAAAUUACUGAACUCAUGAUUAUAUUUUGUAUGUUAUGAACAAUAAUUGAUCUGAGGUUGUUAUAUUGAUGCAUGUAUGUGCUGUAUUAUACAGACUGGUGUGAGUGACUCUUCCAUUUGUGAUCAAUAAAAUAUAUAGAUGUAUUAAGACUUAAA